AUGGCACCAACGCGUGGGUACAGCGGUGCCCUCACUCACAAAUAUAAUAUCAGCCGCUGGAUACGAAUAUUAAACAAUUCCCACCGUUCACGACAUAGACUUCAUCAUCUCUCUCGUAUAAAGUCUUCAGUUCCAAGAAGAAAACCAUCAGAGAAAUCAAGAGAAGAAGAAGAAAUUUCACAGAGAAUGAGACUACCAAAAAGGAUCAUAUUAGUUCGUCAUGGAGAAAGUAAAGGGAACUUGGACGGAUCAGCAUACACAACAACACCAGAUUACAAGAUACCAUUAACAGAAUUAGGUCAAAAUCAAGCAAGAAUCGCCGGUCAAAACAUUCUCCAGAUUGUUCAAUCACAAUCAGAAUCAGAAACAGAGAAUAAUUGGAAAGUGUAUUUCUAUGUAUCUCCGUAUGAAAGAACGAGGUCGACGCUACGCAAGAUUGGCAAAUCGUUUAAUAAGAAACGGAUUAUUGGUGUUAGAGAAGAAUGUAGGAUACGAGAACAGGAUUUCGGGAAUUUUCAAGUGGAAGAAAGAAUGAAAGCUAUUAAACAAACUAGAGAGAAAUUUGGUAGGUUCUUCUUUCGUUUCCCUGAUGGUGAAUCUGCGGCUGAUGUCUUCGAUCGAGUCUCCAGUUUCUUGGAGUCGUUGUGGAGGGAUAUACAUAUGAACAGACUACAACAAGAUGAAUCAGAGGAGGAGAUAAAUUUGGUAAUCGUAUCACAUGGAUUAGCAGCUAGGGUUUUCUUAAUGAAGUGGUUUAAAUGGACAGUUGAACAAUUUGAGCAUUUAAACAAUUUUAGGAAUUGUGAAGUUAGGGUUAUGCAAUUAGGGCCAGGUGGUGAAUAUAGUUUAGCUGUUCAUCAUAGUGAAGAAGAACUCGAGGAAUGGGGGUUAUCUCCAGAGAUGAUAUCUGAUCAGAAAUGGAGAGUUACUGCUACUAGAGGUGAUUGGAAUGAGAAAUGUUCUUGGUAUCUUGAUAGUUUCUUUGAUCAUCUGCAACAUUCUUCUUCGGAAGAUGAUAAUGAUAAUGGUAACGAUAACUGUGCAGCUGAAGUUGAAGUUGAUGAAGAAUGUAAACAAUGAAUAACGUACAUUAUUUUGUUUGAGCACAACCCAUUUUGUGUUCUUGAUUCUUUGUGUAAUUUGUUUAAUUGGUUGUAAUGAUACUUUGUUAAUGCUGAAUCAAAAAUAGGAAAGAAGAUGUGAAACUGUUUCUUGUAA